GCAUGUGGCGGGCGCUGGCGGGGGCGCGGCGGCUCCUGCGGCCGAUCGGAGCCGCGGCCGGGGGCGCCCCGCGGGCGGAGCCGCCGCCACUCCGGGCCCCGCCGGGUCGGGGCUGCGCGGCGGCGGGAGGCGGAGCCGGGCCCGAGGCGCUGGGGGCGGCGGAGCGGUGCCAGCCGGCAGAUACUGUUCUUCCGAAGUUCAACAUUGACUUGGUUGUAGCACUGCUGAGGCAAGAAAAUGCUAAAGACAUCUGUGUCAUCCAGCUAUCUCCAGAAAUAAAAUACUGUGAUUAUUUUAUAAUUGUGAGCGGAUUUUCAACACGGCAUCUUCAUGCAAUGGCAAAUUACAUGCUGAAAAUGUACAAGCAUCUCAAAGAAGAACGUGGUCCUAAUACUCAGAUUGAAGGAAAAGAGACAGAUGACUGGCUGUGCAUUGAUUUUGGUAACAUAGUGGUGCAUUUCAUGCUGCCAGAGACACGAGAAGUUUAUGAAUUGGAGAAGCUGUGGACUCUUGGUCCCUACGAUGACCAGUUAGCACAGAUGACUCCACAGUCCCUGCCAAAAGACUUUAUACUUGGACUGACUCCUAACAGCAGUGAUCAUCUUGAGACAAGAACUUAAAGCAGCUACUGCAUGGAAAGAUAAUCAAUGUGCCUGAGUCAUACAGCUUUGAGAACCGAGUAGUCAGUACAGUUGAUCAGUACAAAACUGUUUUUAUUGGAUGUGCCUAGGUAGAGUUCUGAACAAGCUAAAGUGAGCAAAAUCAUAGAAUCAUUAAGAUUGGAAAAAACCCUUAAGAUAAGAGUCCAACCAUGAAAUGUCAAAGAAGGAAUCCUAUCAGAGCUUCCCAGGGGAGCCACUAUCUUAGUGGAGUUUGCAGUGAGAAGAGCGGGGCAAAGACAGCUGCUUAGCUGGAACUUUUGCUCAGCCUCCAGAGUAAUUGUUUCUCUAAUAUCUUUGAAAGACAUCCUGUAGUGGCAGUGCAAAACAGACUGGAGUGCUGCAAGGGAAAACUGUGAAAUAGUACAGUUGAGAUGACGCUUCUUAUGUUAAGCUGUUUGCUUCUGGUCACAAUAAAGCCAGUCAUGGUCUGAAGCGGGGGACAGAAAACAGACUGGUGUUACUGAGAACAUAAAAGCCAAGACCAACAGUGACAAAUAAAUGUGCUUUGAGUUAUCAGAACAGGAAAUCGGUUUUCCAGCCAAGGCAAAACUGGUUUCAAUAAUAAUAAUAAUAAAAAAGAACCAAACUGAA